ACAGCUCUAGACCGAGUUGGACCCUGUUCCCGCGGUCAGAAGCCUUCCGCCUGCUCCCAGCCCUCCUCCGCAGAGGAGGGGCCACGCACUCCAGCCAACCUCGGGAGAAAAUGUCUGGAAUUCCGUUUCCGCUUUAGGGAGUGGACAGCGAUUUUCCCUUAGUUUUUUUUACUUUGACUUUCUAACAAACUUUGAUUUCCACGUCAACUCGGACAGUUUUGAGUUAACUGUCCCGGAUUUAGUUGUCGUUUCGGCCAUGGCUUCUUCGCCUCAGAAGUCCCCUUCGUCUCCUAAGUCUCCGACGCCCAAAUCUCCGUCUUCCAGAAAGAAAGAUGACUCUUUCCUUGGGAAACUUGGUGGAACUUUGGUAAGAAGGAAAAAAGCCAAAGAAGUGUCUGAGCUUCAGGAGGAGGGGAUAAAUGCCAUCAACCUUCCUCUCAGCCCUUCACACUAUGAGCUGGACCCUGAGGACACCAUGCUCGAGGAGAACGAGGUGCGCACCAUGGUGGACCCAAACUCCAAGAAUGACCGCAAACUGCAGGAGCUCAUGAAGGUGUUGAUCGACUGGAUAAAUGACGUUCUGGUGGGCGAGAGGAUCAUUGUUAAAGAUCUGGCUGAGGAUCUGUAUGAUGGUCAAGUUCUGCAGAAGCUGUUUGAAAAGCUUGAAGGCGAGAAACUGAACGUGGCAGAGGUGACCCAAUCAGAGAUCGCCCAGAAACAGAAGCUGCAGACGGUUUUAGAGCGGAUCAACGAGUCUCUCAAACUCUCCACCAGAAACAUCCGCUGGAAUGUUGACUCGGUUCAUGCUAAGAGCAUAGUUGCCAUCUUGCACCUGCUGGUGGCGCUGUCACAACACUUCAGAGCACCGAUCAGAUUGCCGGACCACGUCUCGAUUCAAGUAGUCGUUGUCCAGAAAAGAGAGGGCAUCCUUCAGUCAAGGCAAAUUCAAGAGGAAAUCACAGGCAACACAGAGGCCUUCUCCGGCAGACAUGAGCGUGAUGCUUUCGACACCCUGUUUGACCACGCUCCUGAUAAGCUGAGUGUUGUGAAGAAGACACUGAUCACAUUUGUGAACAAACACCUAAACAAGCUCAACCUGGAGGUGUCUGAACUGGACACGCAGUUUGCAGAUGGUGUUUAUCUGGUGCUGCUGAUGGGGCUGCUGGAAGGAUACUUUGUGCCGCUCUACAACUUUUUUCUUACACCAGAGAAUUUUGACCAAAAGGUUCACAAUGUGUCCUUCUCCUUUGAGCUGAUGCAGGAUGGAGGUUUGGAGAGACCAAAGCCCCGACCUGAGGAUAUUGUGAACUGUGACCUCAAAUCAACACUGCGCGUCCUCUAUAACCUCUUCUCCAGGUACAGAAACGUAGACUGAGCGUGACGUGCAUCAGCAGGGAACACUAUAUAACAUGGACCACGUUCUGAAGCUUAAUACCUUUUUCCUUGUAUUGCUAUGAAAAACUAUUUUUAACUCGGUGCAUGCUUCACAUUUUGCUUGUUGGAUAGUAAAUCAAACACAAGUCUGUCUUGUUUAUUUUUGAAAUUUCUGACUCUACAAUAUGAAUUGAACAUUGAACUAAAUAACAGCCGUUGUUGGUGUUUGACUACGACACAGAGGUAAUCCUGUGAGGCGGAUUUGUACGUUUUUAAUUCAGAAAAUAAAAUGUUUAAUUGUAUUUAUUGUACAUUUUGAUACACUACUUGGUUUUCCAGUUUUUUCUUUCGUUAUUUCAUUCAUAUUCCUUUUUAUGAAAUGUGGAAAGUGCCUUUAUUUAAACAUGCGAACACUGUCAGCUCUUAAUGCGUUGAUACUGUGCUAACCAGCUACGCAGUGGUCUUAAUGCUCCAGAUUUCCUUUCAAAACAUUUUGACCAAAGCUCUGUUUUGCUCAGCAGCUGCUCGCUUGACUGUAUUUUAUAUUGUUAAAUUUAUCUUAGUAUAAAUUGCAUAUGCAUUAAUCACACUUUUUAUAAGUUUUCACAUCUUUCUAUAAGACCAGUUAAAUUUGACUGAAUAUAUUAAUAAAUGUAUGUUGUAUUCUACUUUCAAGCCAAUGUCACAUCUGUGCAGACACGCUCUCUAUAAUGCAUCUGUUUAUGUUUUUAGUGCAUUAAAUUCAAUAAAUACUUCAAUC